GGCUGAAAUGUUAAGCAAUAAAGUGAGGGUGGAUGAUAAACUUAUCCUGGAACUACUGUGAACAGAAGUUUCUUUAGAUAGAUAGUCUGUAGAAAGUUGUCAUCCCAAAUGAAAAUUAAUGUCCACCAUUACAGUCUACCUUUUGCUCUCACUGUCUGUGCUGUGCACUAUCAAGCAAGGUCAGAGUUGUCUUGAUGGGUUUCCUUCAGUCACCAACAACACCUGUACAUCAUCAUCAUGCCCUUUCCAGGGGUCAAAUCAGAACCGGCAGCUACGACUCUUCCCUUCCAUGAGGAUUACUUGUAAUGGGAUGCUAGUAGGAUUGUCUGUAGCAGGAGAGACUCGAAAGAAAGGAAAAAAUUACCCUAUUCUGCAGAUUUGGAGACCCACUAGCUCCACGUCCAAUGACUAUAUCAGUGAAUACCCAUUCCCAAUUGGAUGCACACAGUUAGAUCUACCUAACAAUGUCUGGCAGUGUACCAUCAGUCCAUCCAUUGAUGUUGAGAUGGGAGAUAUCAUUGGGAUCAAUCUCCCUCGUAAUCGUAUGAACUCAGCAUUUAGAAUUUACUUCACGUCCCAAACAUCUUUCACCAGCUACAUACUAGGCAGUACAUCAGACACAACAUUCUCAGUACCUGGUUCUACUACUGCCAGUGUUCAACCUGUGCUUACUCUGGACAUUCGUGAACAAGGUAUUAUUGCUGGACCGUUGGUUGGUGGUGUGGUUGGUGUGCUGCUGUUGGUACUAAUUGUUUUAUUUGUUGUCAUACUUUUAUUGUGGAACCGAAAGAGAAGUAGAUAUAACACGAACAAGGCAAGUCGGCGUGGUACCCAUAUUGAGAACAUGGCAUAUGAUGAUGUCUGCAUAAACACUGAGCCUGGUUCUAUUAUUCUACCAAGGGAUAAUAUCAACUACGAUAUUGUCAUGGAGAGUUGUGGUGACUAUGACGAGAUAAAUGAUAAUCAACCAGUGGGGGAUUACGAAACAACAAUUAAUCCGAAUGAUUAUUGCUCCACUCCUCCUGUACCACCCCUCUCUGAACAUGACAUCCCCAUGGCAACUAUGGAAUACAAAAUCCCUGUGUCUACUCUGGGAAAGGGGAUCAUCCCUCACCCGCUGCAGGGGAUCAUCCCCCCUGGAGAGUGGGGGUUGGUGGUCCCAUCACAAGAGCAGAGGAGCCAGGCCUCGACUCAGAAUGAUGUCUCCGGGAAAGAGCUCUGUGCUGCCAUCAAAACUUCCCAGUACAGUUAUGCAGGACCAGCUCCCAAGUUCUUUGAGGAGUGUGAGACGUACUGGGCACCGUCCUCACAGGCUAACGAACUCUACGAGCAGCUGGCAGCAAGGAAGUACCGGGAGAUACUCAGAGAACAAAUACAGAUAACCGAGUUCCUAGGAAGUGGAGCGUUUGGUACAGUCAACAAGGGUGUGUGGCAGAGCCCGGGGGGAGCCAUGGAGGUGGCCAUCAAGACCAACCAGAGCAAAGAUGAGGAAGACAAAGUCAAGUUCCUCCAGGAGGCGGCUAUCAUGGGUCAGUUCAGACAUCCCAACGUGGUCAAGCUGUACGGAGUGGUUACUGUGGGGGAACCAGUGAUGAUUGUUUUGGACUUGCUGUCAAAUGGAGACUUGCGACACUUUCUCAUAAAGAUGCAACCAGACAGAUCAGGAGAGAUGGUUCCUUCAAACACUCCUAAACUAUUGUUGAAGUUCUGCCAGCAAAUCUCGAGUGGAAUGGACUAUCUAGCCAGGAAAGCGUUUGUGCACAGAGAUCUUGCAGCCAGGAACAUACUGGUGUCAGAGGACAAAGUGUGCAAGAUAAGUGAUUUUGGUAUGUCACGUGAUCUGAUGGACGAGAGUUACUAUGUGUCCCAGGGAGGUAAGAUACCUGUCAAGUGGACAGCCCCAGAGGCCCUCAAUUUCAAAAAGUAUUCAGUGGCCAGUGAUGUGUGGAGCUUUGGUUGUGUCAUGUACGAGAUAUGGAGUCUGGGGCACAAACCAUUUGAAGAUUCUUCAAACGUGGAGACGAUCAAGAUGGUAGACAAAGGAGUUCGAUUGCCACCUCCACCUGGGUGCCCUCGAGAGUUGUACAAGCUCAUGAUUGAGUGCUGGCAUUCUGAGACGUCAAGACGUCCCUCGUUCCACCAGCUGGUGGAGAUGCUCUCACAGGCGGACUUUGAACUGCUACUCUGGAAUAAGACUGACAGUGGAGUGGGGCCGCAGGUGACGGUGGUGGGGACGUCAUUGGAGGCAGCAAAGAACUUGUACACUGACUUGCAAAAUGCAUAUAUGAAGCAACCAAACAAUUGAAUACUGCUCAUCAUGCGUGUACACUACCCUCCACACUUAAUGUUUUGCAUAAUUUUGUGAUCAAAUUG